UCAGCCUUCCAUCCUUCUGAGCAGAAGAAUGGAAAUGAAAGGGGACAAUAAGUUGACUAAAGAGCCAGAGUGAAGAGCUGUUGAACUGUGAUUGUUACUUGCCUGGACUAUGAACUGAAGUCCUUGCAUAGGGUUGUUGAGCCUUUCCGAAGUGACUCCAGAGUGGGUUGAACAGCCAUGGCAUUUUUUACUCCAUGGAAGUUGUCCUCUCAGAAACUUGGCUUCUUUCUGGUGACUUUUGGCUUCAUUUGGGGAAUGAUGCUGUUGCAUUUUACUAUCCAGCAGAAGACUCAGCAUGAAAGCAGUUCCGUGCUUCGUGAACAGAUACUGGACCUCAGCAAAAGAUACAUUAAAGCCCUGGCAGAGGAGAAUAGGAACGUGGUGGAUGGACCUUAUGUUGGGACCAUGACUGCAUAUGAUUUGAAGAAAACGCUUGCUGUCUUGCUGGAUAAUAUCCUGCAGCGUAUUGGGAAGCUUGAGUCCAAAGUGGAGAACCUUGUAAUCAAUGGCACAGGUGCAAAUUCCACAAACAGUACCGGUACUGCUGCUCCCAGUUCAGGAAUGGCUGAAAAGCUCAAUGUUGCAGAUCUCAUUAAUGGAGCCCAGGAACAGUGUGAACUGCCUCCCAUGGAUGGUUUUCCCCACUGUGAGGGCAAAAUAAAAUGGAUGAAAGAUAUGUGGCGAUCUGAUCCUUGUUACGCAAGUUACGGUGUGGAUGGGUCUACAUGCUCAUUCUUUAUUUACCUCAGUGAGGUUGAAAACUGGUGUCCUCGUUUACCCUGGAGAGCAAAGAAUCCUAAUGAAGAAACUGAUCAAAAGACAAUGGCUGAAAUAAGAACCAAUUUUGAUUUGCUAUACAAAAUGAUGUCCAGACAUGAAGAGUUUCGGUGGAUGAUGCUACGAAUUAGGAGAAUGGCUGAUACUUGGAUAGAAGCAAUCAAGUCACUUGCUGAAAAACAAAACUUGGAGAAGAGAAAACGGAAAAAAGUCCUUGUUCAUCUGGGACUCCUCACAAAAGAAUCUGGGUUCAAGAUAGCAGAGAACGCUUUUAGUGGUGGCCCACUUGGUGAAUUAGUCCAGUGGAGUGAUUUAAUUACAUCUCUCUAUUUACUGGGCCAUGACAUUAGGAUUUCAGCUUCAUUGGCAGAGCUAAAGGAGAUUAUGAAGAAGGUUGUUGGUAACCGGUCUGGCUGCCCUACACAGGGGGAUAAAGUAGUAGAACUUAUUUACAUUGACAUUGUUGGGCUCACUCAGUUCAAGAAAACCCUUGGACCGUCCUGGGUUCACUAUCAGUGUAUGUUGCGGGUGCUAGAUUCAUUUGGGACUGAACCAGAGUUUAACCAUGCUCAUUAUGCCCAGUCUAAAGGCCAUAAAACACCCUGGGGGAAGUGGAACCUUAAUCCACAACAAUUCUAUACCAUGUUUCCUCACACUCAGAACAACAGCUUCCUUGGUUUUGUUGUAGAGCAGUACCUAAAUUCCAGUGAUAUCAAGCACUUCAAUGUGAUUAAAAGGCAGAAUCAGUCGCUUGUCUAUGGCAAAGUUGACAACUUUUGGAAGGAUAAGAAGUCUUAUUUGGAUGUAAUUCACACCUACACUGAAGUCCAUGGAACUGUCCAUGGGACAAGUGCUAUCUACAUGCCCAGCUAUGUGAAGAACCAUGGGAUCCUUAGUGGACGGGAUUUACAGUUUCUGCUAAGAGGGACAAAGCUCUUUGUUGGCCUUGGUUUUCCAUAUGAGGGACCUGCUCCUCUGGAGGCCAUUGCUAAUGGAUGUGCAUUCCUGAAUCCAAAGUUUAAUCCACCCAAAAGCAGCAAAAAUACAGACUUCUUCAAAGGCAAGCCAACCCUCCGAGAGCUGACUUCUCAGCACCCUUAUGCUGAAGUUUACAUUGGGAAGCCUCAUGUUUGGACUGUCAACAUCAACGAUCUUUCUGAAGUUGAGAAGGCUGUGAAAGCAAUUUUGAAUCAAAAGAUUGAACCUUACCUGCCCUUUGAAUUCACAUGUGAAGGAAUGCUCCAGCGGAUGAACGUGUUCAUUGAGAAACAAGACUUUUGUCAUGGGCAAGUGAUGUGGCCUCCAUUAAGUGCCCUUCAGGUUAAAAUUGCUGGGAGUGGAAAGUCUUGUAAGCAGGUUUGUCAAGAAAAUCAGCUUAUCUGUGAGCCGUCCUUUUUUCAGCACCUGAACAAGGACAGAGAUCUCUUGAAAUACAACAUUGAAUGUCAUACAGUUGAGUCUGCAAAUGACAUCUUGGUUCCAUCUUUUGAUGAAAGGAGAAAGCACUGUGUUUUCCAAGGUGAUCUCUUGUUGUUCAGCUGUGCAGGAUCUCAUCCAAACCACAAAAGAAUCUGCCCCUGUAGAGACUACCUUAAAGGACAAGUUGCACUUUGUAAAGACUGUCUAUAGCAGCGACUCAGUGAUGUCAUGAAGAGACAAAAGACCAAGUGGCUCAGAGACAGCUGCUGCCACUAAAUUUUUUUUUGCACUUGGCUUCUGGCAGGCCAAACAAUUGCUGAAAAGCAGAAAUCUGUACCAAGAAGAGGGCAGAUAGGCAGAGACAAAGACAUCUAAAAAAAACUCUAAAGUUUUCCUUAAGUCAGCAACUGCAGUGAAGUUCAGAUAAAUCUCUUUAUGUACUUAAGGAGGUGGCAAAUGAAGUUUGGUGCUUUGUAAGAGGUAAAACAAGAGCUUGGGAUUACCUUGGAUUUCUUUUCCCAGUAGUUCCUCACAAUAAGCAGUUCCUCUGAAUAUUAUUUCCAGGGCAAAACAAAACAAAAAAACAGAUAAAUAAAUCCGUUUGAAAGAAAGUGGACAACGUGGGAAAAAUGAAUACAUAUCCAAAGUACAGUUUUUAGCGUUGCUGUAAACUCUGAAUAGCUGGUGCUGUUCCUGCAAAUUUGGAACCACAAGGUAAUGCAGCUACUGAACAUCUAAACCUUGUCCAUUGGUUACUCUCUUACCUGUCACAUGUUGUGAUUAUAUUGUCCAGAGUCUCAAGAUAGCUGAGCAAGUAGCAUCAUGAACUUGGGGGAGUUGGUGGCUCUCAGAGUGAUGAGUCCUUAUGGUUUUGUCAAAGUUUCAGUAGCCACAUAAAAUACCAUGUCUGGAAUUAUGACAUCCAAAGUUCAUAAUUCUUUCCUACUCGCCUCAUGUUUUGUUUAUAGAGUGAUGAUUAGAACUAACCAUGUGAUCACGGAAAGCAGAGUGGCCUCAUUGGAGCAAUAUUUUCCUGAAUUUGCUAUGAAUUACCGAAAUGGGGACUUAAAGAUGAGCACAGGGAACAGGCUGUCAUGAAAUAAUGUGUAGUAUAAGAGUAGCCUGUCUUGAUAAUCUUGUGGAGAUUUAAAGUGCUAUUAUGAGACACCAAAAAUAAUUGCUACAAAUGAGUGAGAACUCUUUUCUGUCUUUAUAGCUAACAAAAGAAGUGGGUGUGUGGAAGCAGAUCAGUUUUGUUAAAUUCCAGUUAGUUCAGAUCGUUAAAACUCUGGUUUUGCUUACAGACAGUAUAAAAGCUCUUCCUUUUAAAAAAAAAAAGGUACAAUAUCUUGUAUUAAAAAACACAUUUUUGCAGUAGAGCCGACAGAUUUUUAAAUUCACUCUUUGUGGAUGGCCAAAAAAAAAAAAA